AUUCAGUACACAUUUCCAAGUGUGAUGUGUAUUACACACUGUGUUAGAUUCUGUGAAGAUAAAAAGAUGGAAACUUUACAGCCUUAAUAUAAAAUAUCUCUACUGAACUUUCGCUUCCCCUUUCUCUUUAAACAUUAACAGAAUCUUUCUCCAAUAUGAUAAAAGCUAAUUGUAGAUACUGUUAUACAUUACCCCUCACCCCCUUUUUGGUUUUAGGGAUUAUUUGAGGACUAUUGAAAAUUAAGCUCUUUUAGCUUAAGCAAAUAAAAGAGUGUUUUGUUAGACAAAGGAUAUAACUUUAUGUCACAGAGUCCAAGGGCAGAAAAUGCAGCUACGUCUCAGUGGCAACAGGAUAAUUCAACAAAAAGUUAGGAGUUGAAGCUGCUUUCCUUCUCCAAGUCUUUGUGACUUCUUCCCAGUUUCUUUCUCUGUCCAUGUAUUUCAUUCUUCUUAUUCUGUUGACUGAUUUUCUCUGUUUUGCUUUUAUGUAGGUGUUGAAACCUAAGAUUCACACACCUAAACUAUCUGAGACCUCUAGUAAUUCCAGAAGGAUGGAUUUUUUUUCCCCUAAGUGCCAUAUCUUCUUUUUUUUUUCUGAAGAUUUAUUUAUGCAUACAGGAACAGGUGUACAGGCCAGAGGUGCAGGGUGGAGGUGUUGCGGUGAGAGGAUUCACCAGAGACAGAGUGGGGAACAGAACAGGCAGACUGGCUGAAAUACACUGCAGAGGGAAGCAGCAGGCGAGAUAGGAGAGGUCUGCUGCACCAUGUGGGCAGCUCCCUGGCAGUCUGGGCAUCAAACUCGUGCUACAGAGGCUAUGGAUACCUUCACAGUGCUGUGCUUAAACCCGUGUGUCACCAGGGAGGCCCACCACGUCUUGGUUCUUAAAUGAACCAUUGUCCAAGUUUGGAAAUAAUGAAGUAGUCCCUAAGAUACAGCAAGUUAGAGAAUUUGGCGAUUGCAUAAUAGAGGAGGCAGUUUUAAUCGGUUAGGAUUAAAGAAAUUUGUGAUGCCUUUCCAAAUUCUACUACAAAGCUAUCCUCAGGUUGCAAAUUCUAGUGUGACAGACUGAUUAGGAUAGUCAGGAAAAGAAGCUAAAGCUGGAGCUGACUUGUGCAAACAAUAUUCCCUCUCUGAACACUGGCAAGAGCUAUCUCCAUUGUAAUCUAAGGUCCAAGUUACUGAAUCUAACCCUAGUAGUCAGCUGCCUUUGAUCCCGGUAUAGGGCCUCUGGCUAAUAAUGAAGGAAGAAGGGGGCACUUAAAUGUACUGCCUGGCUCUGCUCUUUUCUGUAAUCCAAAUUGUUCUAGACGCUCUAUCUGGACAUUUUAUUCUGUUGCCAUCUGUCUCCACUAAGUUAGUUUUAGGAAAUUUCCACUCUUUUUCUGUAAGUUAUGUACAGUUAACUUAGUUAGCCAAGUUCUCUUGCAUUCUUUACCUAUGCAGUAUACUUUCUUCCCAUUUGAAAAAUAUCCAUAAUUUCACCUCACCAAAUGGCUAAAGGAAUGUACUAUUAGGAGGUAGUAGGUGUUACCUCAAAGAGGGGAUCUCCAGGAAAAAGAAUAACAACAGAGGAAAGUGAGUAAAACCUGUGUGAGAUUAGGUGGGAUUUGUCAAGGAUGUAUGUUAGGCUAAAAAUAGACAAAAGGAGAAAGGGGAUUGGAUUCACAUUGUAGAACAUCUGGAGUGUCCUUCUAAGGCAUUCUUGUACUCUUGUUGCCAUGCAAAUGAACAGAUCUUCUUAGGUUCAAGGAAACCUUCAGACUCACAAAACAACCAUAGACUUGUUUACUCAGAAGGCUAUCAGCCAACAAGUCAGCAGCAAAUGUUCCUCAUCAGUAGCUGUAAUGCUCACAGCAGUCUGCGUAAGCAGUUCAUGUAGCCAUCUGGGAGACAGCUCUCUAAGUUAAAGCUCAGGCUCAGGGAGACAAAGCUCGUAUGAGGACUUCCAAUAGCAGUCAGACAUUAUCAUCCUGCCAUACUAUGGAGCCAUGUUCAUCAGAUGAAUUUUUCCAAGCGCUUAAUCAUGCUGAGCAAACCUUUAAAAAGAUGGAAAACUAUUUGAGGCAUAAACAAUUAUGUGAUGUAAUUCUAGUUGCUGGUGAUCGCAGAAUUCCAGCUCACAGAUUGGUGCUCUCCUCAGUCUCAGAUUAUUUUGCUGCCAUGUUUACUAAUGAUGUCAGGGAAGCAAGACAAGAAGAAAUUAAAAUGGAAGGUGUAGAACCAAAUUCACUAUGGUCCUUGAUUCAAUAUGCAUAUACAGGCCGCCUUGAAUUAAAAGAAGAUAACAUUGAGUGCCUGUUAUCGACAGCUUGCCUCCUACAGCUCUCACAGGUUGUGGAAGCAUGCUGUAAGUUUUUAAUGAAACAGCUUCACCCAUCCAACUGUCUCGGAAUCCGUUCUUUUGCUGAUGCCCAAGGUUGUACUGAUUUACAUAAAGUGGCUCACAAUUAUACUAUGGAGCAUUUCAUGGAAGUCAUUCGAAACCAGGAAUUUGUAUUAUUACCAGCCGGUGAAAUUGCAAAACUCUUGGCCAGUGAUGAUAUGAACAUUCCUAAUGAAGAGACAAUAUUGAAUGCACUUCUUACUUGGGUCCGUCAUGAUUUGGAACAGAGACGGAAAGAUCUUAGCAAACUUUUGGCUUAUAUUAGACUACCUCUUCUUGCACCACAGGAAAACAAGAAUGCUGAGUAUCAGGAAAUCUGUCAAGGCAAUCAUUCCAAGUUCCUGGCAGAUAUGGAAAAUAAUGCACUUUUUCGAGAUGAUAUAGAAUGUCAGAAACUUAUCAUGGAAGCAAUGAAAUAUCAUUUAUUACCAGAGAGACGACCGAUGUUACAAAGUCCUCGGACAAAACCUAGAAAGUCAACUGUUGGUACAUUAUUUGCAGUUGGAGGGAUGGAUUCAACUAAAGGAGCAACAAGCAUUGAAAAGUAUGAUCUCCGUACAAAUAUGUGGACUCCUGUAGCAAACAUGAAUGGAAGGAGGCUACAGUUCGGGGUUGCAGUUUUAGAUGACAAACUGUAUGUGGUUGGAGGAAGAGAUGGACUGAAGACUUUGAAUACUGUAGAAUGCUACAACCCCAAAACAAAAACUUGGAGUGUGAUGCCUCCUAUGUCCACACAUAGGCAUGGCCUUGGUGUAGCUGUGUUGGAAGGCCCCAUGUAUGCUGUGGGAGGACAUGAUGGCUGGAGCUAUCUGAAUACAGUGGAAAGAUGGGACCCGCAGGCUCGCCAGUGGAAUUUUGUUGCCACUAUGUCCACCCCCAGGAGCACAGUAGGUGUGGCAGUGCUAAGUGGAAAACUUUAUGCAGUUGGUGGUCGUGAUGGAAGUUCUUGUCUCAAAUCAGUUGAAUGUUUUGAUCCUCAUACUAAUAAAUGGACCCUGUGUGCACAGAUGUCCAAAAGGAGAGGUGGAGUGGGAGUAACCACCUGGAAUGGACUGUUGUACGCCAUUGGGGGGCAUGAUGCUCCCGCAUCCAACCUGACCUCCAGACUCUCAGACUGUGUGGAGAGAUAUGAUCCCAAAACAGACAUGUGGACUGCAGUGGCAUCGAUGAGCAUCAGCAGAGAUGCAGUGGGGGUCUGUCUACUUGGUGAUAAAUUGUAUGCUGUUGGAGGAUAUGAUGGACAGACUUACCUUAAUACAGUGGAGGCUUAUGAUCCCCAGACAAAUGAGUGGACCCAGGUUGCUCCACUGUGCCUAGGAAGAGCUGGAGCUUGUGUUGUGACUGUAAAAUUAUAACUUAGUACUUUGUUUUCUAAAUGAAGAUAUCUUCUUCCCUUAUGAAUUUGCUAUAAUUAUUCUACUAUCAAUGGAUCCAUAUUUAGUAAAUGUGCAAUGCCACAUUCCUGGGCACAAAGUGCCUGAUCACAAAGAGAAGAUAUUAGAUACAAGGGGAAGAGUGGAUGAACCAGGAUUUGGUACUUUCACUUCAUAGUAAAAUCAAAACUACAGCUGGAGCAUUGUGAACAUACAUUCCUGACAUAAAAUAGGAGGAAAAUGCACUUCUCUUUAAUACCCAGAGUUAACUGGGAAUUUCAUUUAUUAAUAAUCCAGCCCAUUUUAUUCACAAUAUCCACAUUUCUUUUAUUAUAGUGCAAAUACACCAGAUAAAGCUUUUAAUGUUUUGCUUUGUAACUUCACCAUACAUAAGUUGGAGUAAUCUGUAUUCAUUUAUUUGUUUAGUGACAACCACUAUUUUAAUGACAAAUUAUUAUAUAUAUAUAUAUAUAUAUAUAUAUAUAUAUAUAUAUAUACACACACACACUUUGGUUAUAUAUUUAAUUUCUAAACUGGCUCAGCCCAAUGAAUACAGAAAAAAAAAAUUAAAGAGUCAAAACAACAACCAAAAGAAAACUUGAUAUGCUCUCCGGGCUCUGCUUAAAUAUUCAUUCCAUCUAGAUUCACCAAGAACUUACAUGUCAUGAUAUGCUUAAAUUGGAAUUAAAACAUGGUGUUUGCAUUAACUUUAGGAUAUGCAAAUUUGUGUAGAAAAAAAUGUUAUAUACCCUAUAAUGUUCUUUCACCUAGUAUUUAAUUGUGUGGAUUUGUUUUCUUUUAUAUUAUGGAAGAUGUUUUGAUUUUGUCAAAACUGUUUGGAUAUUCUUAUGUCCUCAAGACUGUAUCUGCCUCGCCUGCCUUGUUUCUUAUGUUUUGCCACAGUUAGUAACCCUUUAUGCUUCUUUGUAAUCAAACAGUUUGGGGGGAAUUGGUUUAAUGAAUGUUUGAAAAAUAAGUUUAAAGUGUUUAUUAUCCAAAGUUUUGUACAUUUGUAAACUCAAUUAAUAUGUGAAUGUUAAUACUCUCAGUGAAUUGUUUAUUGUUUGCAAAAAUGCACUGAGCAGUAACAUUUUGUGAUAAAUGCUGUAAGAUAUAAGUCAUUAGCUUAUAUCUUAACAUAAAGUCAGCAUAAACAAAAUUCUCAUCUUUUAAAAUAUAAUAUUGCGGUUAAUAUGUUUUUGCAUUUUAUAUUAAGGUUGACUUCAUUUUAGUUGCUUUCUUUAAAAAUUACUCUUCUUUUUUUUUUUUAAUGAGCUGAUUUGGAAUGCUCAUGAAUUAUUUCUACCUUGGAACCUAAGAAACUGAGAACUUCUAUUCCCAAAACAAAUCCUGUGAUCGUUUAACUGGUGGGACUGCUAAGAAGGUAAUGGUAGUAGUGAAAAAUGCACUAGUACACAUAUAUUCUUUAUAUUAUGAAUGUGAAUUCAAUUAUUUUCCUGACAAGGAGGGAUCAACUAUAGAGUAUAUUUAUGGGUUUAUGAGUAGGAAGAGAAGGGGAGAAAUUAUAAGAAACAAAACAUUCCUCUUAAGACUGAAGUCUUACAGAAGAAAUAUGGGUCGUCCUUAUAUCCACCAUCCAACAUUGCUUUCUUGACUCUCAGCCUGUCCAGUGAGAUGUCUAGCUGCUCUUUAUUGUUAACUCCAAUUAAUGACUACCUUAUAAGAAGUAAUAUUUGCUAAUGAUUAUUGAAUGCUUAUUAUGAACUAGGAACCAAGUUUUUUUGCAUGAAUGCACUUAAUUCUCACAACAGCCCUUUGAGAUACUAUGAGAUAUAUCCCAUAGGGGAUAUUGUCAUUCCCAUUUUUACAGAUGAAGAAACUAGGCACAAAGAGGUUAACUCCAAGAUUACAGAUAGUGAGUGAGUGACAGAACAGACAGUCCAAUGUGGGCAGUUUGGCUUAGGAGUCCCACCCCUUAUCAUUCCUAUUUCUAGGCAGAAAACAAAAGUUAACAUUUUAUGUGAGGAGUCAUUUAUUUUAAUGAAAAGGAAAAUGAGAAGACUUAUGUUUUUUAGAAGUAAAAUUUGUAACAGUCACACCCUAUCAGAAAUGUUUGGUUCUUUAAUAUGAAUUGGGGUCAAAGGGUGAAUGGAUUUUGGUUAAAACUCUAAUGGAAUUUUAUGUGCAUUUUGCUUUAUAAAAGCAAAUGCAAGAGAACAUGACAUACUUUUCAAGUCUUAUAAAUAUUAAAUGAAUUACAUGCUACGGAACCAUGAACAAAUUUAUUCAUCAAAAAUAAGAUGUAUUGCCAAUGAAUUAGGUAACAUAGAUAAAAUGUACAAAACUAUAAAACACAAAAUACCAAAACUGACUCAAAAUAAGUUUAAAAUCUGAGUAUACCUAUAUCUAGAAAGUUAUUGAAUUAAUAAUCAAAAACCCAACAAAGAAAGUUCAGGAUUAGAUGGCUUCACUAGUUAAUUAUACCAAACAUUUAAAGAAAAGCAUCAAUUCUUACUAAAUUCUUCAAAAAAAAGACUUAGAAGAGUGAACACUUCCUAAUUUAUUAAUUCUGUAAGGCCAGCAUUACCUUGAUAACAAAACCAGACAAAGACACAUUCUACACACAAACUAAGGUUUAUUGCUUGAAUACAGGGAAUGUUCAACAAACGAAAAUCAGUGAAAUAACAAGGAAAAAAACACAUGAUCAUAUCAAUUGAUAAGAAAAAACACUUGACAGAAUCAAACACCCUUUCCUGAUAAAAAUACUCAGCAAACUAGGAAACAAGAGAAAUUUCCUCAACCUGUUAAAAGGUAUGAAGAACCCCAACUAAAUGGUGAGAAAUUAAAAGUUUUUCCACUAAGAUCAGGAAAAUGCCCAUCUGACCACACUGCUAGUCAACAUUGUACUAGAAGUUCUAGCCAGAGCAAUUUAAUAGAUGAUAGAUAUAUAUAGAGAGAGAAAAUGAAUUCUGAUUAGAAAGGAAGAAAUAGUCUACAGCCAUACCACCCUGAAUGCACCCGAUCUCAUCUGAUCUCGGAAGCUAAGCAGGCUUGGGCCUGGUUACUGCUUGGUUGGGAGAAAGGAAGAAAUAUGACAAUUUUUAUAUGUAAAUAACAUGAUUCUACAUAUUGAAAAUCCUAAAGAAUCCACCAAAAAUACUUAGAGCUAGUAAGUUCAUAAUGUUGCAGGGUUAACAAUCAACACACAAAGGUCUGUUUAUUUUCAUACACUGACCAAAAAAUUCUGAGAAAGAAACUAAUAAGACCUAACUAAAGAAGACCUAAAAAAAUGGAAAGAUACCCCAUGUCCUUUGGAUAGAAGAGUAAAUAAUAUUAAGAUGUCAGUAUUCCCCAAAUUGCCCAGGGAGUCAAUGCACUCUGUACCAAAAAUCCCAAUGAUAACCUUUUUGCAGAAUGGAGAAAAUUGAUCCUAAAAUUCCUAUGGCAUUUCAGGGGACCAAAAUAAAAACCCUAAAUAAUCUAUAAAAAAAACAAAGUUGGAAAUUUUAUUUUUCAAAAUUUAUUACAAAUCUACAGUAAUAACAGUAUGGUAUUAGUGUAAGGAUAAAAACAGAUCAAUAGCAUAAAAUAAGAGGUACAAUAACAAGUUAUGAUCAAUAUGCUGUGGUCAACAGAUUUUCAACAAGAGUGUGAAGGCCACUCGGUGGAGAAAGAAUAGUCUCUUCAAAAAAUAAUUCUGGAACAACUGUAUAUACAUAUACAAAAGAAUGAAGUCAGACCCUUACAUAUGGAACUGUCAACUCAAAAUAGAUCAAAUUCCUAAACAUAAUAUUGAAAACUCUGAGAAGAAAACUUUAACAUAAAUCAUGACCUUGGACUUGGGCAGUGUUUUCUUAAAUAAGAUACCAAAAACACAAACAAAAGAUAAAUUGAACUUCAUCAAAUUUAAUUUCUGUGAAAAGACAACCCACAGAAUGGGAGGAAAUAUUUUACAAAUCAUGUCUGAUAGGAGUAGUUACCAGAAGACAUAAGGAGCUCCUACACGCCACACCAAAAAGCCAAGCUAAUUUUAAAAUGAACAAAGGGCUUGAAUAGACAUUAAGGAAUAUUAAGUCCAACAAGCAUAAGGAAAACCUGGACAUUAUUGAUCAUUAGGGAGUUGCAAAUCAAAACCACAAGAAGACAUAAUUUCAUACCAUACAAUGGCAAUGAUUUUAAAAACAGAAAAUAUCAAGUGUUGGAAAUUUCUGUAGAGAAACAUUGUACUAGAAGUUCUAGCCAGAGCAAUUUAAUGGAUGAUAGAUAUGACUAGCAGUGUGGUCAGAUGGGCAUUUUCCUGAUCUUAGUGGAAAUUUCUCUUCAGAAAUUGGAACUUUCUUCAUUGCUGGUAGCAAUGUAAAAUGGUGCAGUUUCUGUGAAGAGUGGUACGGUGGUUCCUCAAGAAGUGAAACAAUUACCAUAUGACUCAGCAAUUCCACUUCUGGGUAUAUACCAGAGGAGAAAAGAAAUCUGCAAACUAAUGUUCCAAACAAAACCUUGCAUGUGUAGCAGCAGCAUUCACAGCAGCCAAAAGGUGGAUCCCAAAUUUUCGUCAGGUGAUGAAAUGGAUAAACAAAUUAUACUACACAUAUAUAAUGGAAUAUUUUUCAGCCAUACAUAAAAAAAUAUGAUGUACUAGUACACACUACAAUGUCGCUGGACCCUGAAAACAGUAUGCUAAGUAAAAGAAGCCAGACACACGAGACCACAUAGAUGAUUCCAUUUAUAUACAAUUUCCCAAAUAGUCAAAUCCAAAGAGACAGAAAGCAGAUUAAUGGUUGCCAGGGCCCAGGAGGAAGGAGUGGGGAAUGACUGUUCAGUGUGCAAGGAGUUAGUUUCCUUUUGGGUUGAUGAAAAUCUUCUGUAACUAAUUAGUGGUGAUGGUGUGAAGAUACUAAAUGUCACGGUAAAUCUUCCGUAUAUUUUACGACAAAAAGUUUUAUUAAGUGUUUUAUCAGUUACUUAAAUAUAACAAAAAGCAUUCUAUGCAUAUCACUAGGAUCAAAACUCUGUAUAUUUUAUCCCAAAGGGAAUUUUUAAAUGUAAUUUGUAAGUAAAUGAAUAAAAAACAAUUGACAGAAAUGCUUUUUUGAUCUUAAUUGUAGUCUAAAAGGAAUGUGAGAAACUGACAAACAUAAGGGUAAGUUUAAUUGGGAGCUCUUCCCUAGUGCCUGGCAAACCACAGGCAUUCCUUAAAUGUUAAAAGUCAAAAUAGAUACC